AUUUCCGCCGGGGGCGGGCCCGACCGCUCGGAACCGCGGCGGCGGCUACUGACGCGGGGAUCCCGCGGCUUGCGGCGACUGCGGCCGCUGUGGAGCCACGGGGCGGGCUCGGCUCGGCGUGACGGCAGCUGUGGCCAGGUUGGCGUCCCUGGCAGAGCAUGAGAGCAGCCCUCACUCUCGGCUCCCUCUUGUGGCACAGCUGGAAGAGCUGGCAACCCAGGGUGCUGAUGGCCCUGCACCAGCAUUGGAUGGCAAACGCAGUGGCCAAGUGAGCUGGCGUCGAGCACCAGCCCCCUUCCACCAGCUGGCGAAUGCUAGACAAGUGACACUCGACAGUCUUCACCAUCCUGGGAUAAUGGCCAGAAGCCAGGCAUGAGCGGCCCCCGUGGUCGCCUGUGACUUAACCCUGCAGAGAGGUCUGAGCCCCCCGGCCCCACAGUCGAGCCUCCCACCCCAACCCUGGCCCAUGGGGCCCGGGGGGCCCCGAGCCACCGCCUGACAGUGACUGAGCAGCCCUUGGCAGCAGCAUGGCGGGUGCAGAGGGCUUCCAGUACCGCGCGCUGUACCCGUUCCGGCGCGAGCGGCCCGAGGACCUGGAGCUGCUGCCCGGUGACAUGCUGGUUGUGAGCCGUGCAGCCCUGCAGGCUCUGGGUGUGGCGGAGGGUGGAGAGCGCUGCCCCCAGAGUGUGGGCUGGAUGCCCGGCUUCAACGAGCGCACACGACAGCGGGGUGACUUCCCGGGUACCUAUGUGGAGUUCCUGGGGCCCGUGGCCCUGGCCCGGCCUGGCCCGCGGCCCCGGGGCCCCCGCCCACUGCCCGCCAGGCCCCGAGAUGAGCCCCCGGAGCCAGGCCUCACGCUCCCUGACCUGCCUGAGCAGUUUGCCCCUCCUGAUGUGGCGCCCCCUAUCCUGGUGAAGCUGGUCGAGGCCAUAGAGCUUACAGGGCUGGAUGCUGAGUCCCACUGCAGGCCCGAGCUGCCCGCAUCACGCACAGACUGGUCGCUAAGUGACCUGGACCAGUGGGACUCCGACGCCCUGUCCGAUGCCAUCAAGAGCUUCCUGCUGGCUUUGCCAGUGCCACUUGUGACCCCUGAGGCCGCUGCCGAGGCUCACCGGGCCCUGCGGGAUGCCCCCCGGGGGCCCGUGGGGCCGGCGCUGGAGCCCCCGAUGCUACCACUGCACCGCGCGCUCACACUGCGCUUCCUGCUGCAGCACCUGGGCCGGGCAGCCCGCCGUAGCUCUGCCCCCGGCCCAGCCAUCCGUGCCCUGGCCUCGGCCUUUGGGCCGCUGCUGCUGCGUGCACCGCUGGCUUCACAGCCGCCAGGGGGCGCCCUGCCCGAAGGGACUGAACCCAGCCCAGACUUCCCGGCCAUGCUGGUGGAGAAGCUACUGCAGGAACAGCUGGAGGAGCAGGAGGCGGCACCCCCAGCCCUGCCGCCAAAGCCCCCCAAGGCGAAGCCGGCAGCCCCAGUCCUGGCCAACGGGGGCAGCCCACCCUCUCUGCAGGAAGCAGAGUGGUACUGGGGUGACAUCUCCAGGGAGGAGGUAAACGAGAAACUCCGUGACACACCUGAUGGCACCUUCUUGGUCCGGGACGCAUCCAGCAAGAUCCAGGGGGAGUACACUCUGACCCUGAGGAAGGGCGGCAACAACAAGCUCAUCAAGGUCUUCCACCGCGACGGCCACUACGGUUUCUCCGAGCCGCUCACCUUCCGCUCCGUGGUGGACCUCAUCAUGCAUUACCGCCACGAGUCGCUGGCCCAGUACAACGCCAAGCUGGACACGCGGCUGCUCUACCCCGUGUCACGGCUGCAGCAGGACCAGGUGGUCAAGGAGGACAGCGUGGAAGCCGUGGGGGCCCAGCUCAAGGUCUACCACCAGCAGUACCAGGACAAGAGCCGAGAGUAUGACCAGCUCUACGAGGAGUACACUCGCACCUCACAGGAGCUGCAGAUGAAGCGCACGGCGAUCGAGGCCUUCAACGAGACAAUCAAGAUCUUCGAGGAGCAGGGCCAGACCCAGGAGCGGUGCAGCAAGGAGUAUCUGGAGCGCUUCCGGCGCGAGGGCAACGAGAAGGAGAUGCAGAGGAUCCUGCUCAACUCUGAAAAGCUUAAGUCCCGCAUCGCGGAGAUCCACGAGAGCCGCACAAAGCUGGAGCAGGACCUGCGGGCCCAGGCCCUGGACAACCGCGAGAUCGACAAGCGCAUGAACAGCCUCAAGCCCGACCUCCUGCAGCUGCGCAAGAUCCGCGACCAGUACCUCCUGUGGCUCACCCAGAAAGGUACCCGGCAGAAGAAGAUCAAUGAGUGGCUGGGGAUCAAAAACGAGACUGAGGACCACUACUCACUGAUGGACGACGAGGAAGACCUCCCCCACCACGAGGAGCGCACCUGGUAUGUGGGCAAGAUCAACCGCACACAGGCCGAGGGCAUGCUGAGCGGCAAGAGGGAUGGCACGUUCCUCAUCCGGGAGAGCAGCCAGCGCGGCUGCUACGCCUGCUCCGUGGUGGUGGAUGGGGACACCAAGCACUGCGUCAUCUACCGCACCGCCACCGGCUUUGGCUUCGCGGAGCCCUACAACCUGUACGGGUCCCUGAAGGAGCUGGUUCUGCACUACCAGCACGCGUCCCUGGUGCAGCACAACGACGCCCUCACCGUCACCCUCGCGCACCCUGUGCGCGCGCCCGGGCCGGGCCCGCCGCCCCCGCCCGCUGCCCGCUGACCGCCCGGCCUGCCUGCUGGGUCCCCUGUCCCCUCUGCCUUCCCCCACAGGUCCCGGGCCCCCACUCCGAAGCCAUAGAUCUGGGGUCAGGCGGGAAGCGACUCGGGCCGGGCAGGUCCCGCCCCGCGCGCCCCAACUUCCCCUCCAGCACCGCCCGAGCGAAACAGGGCCGGGCCUAGAAGCAGAAGAACCCAAAAUACCCUCGGGGCCCUGCCCGCAGCCUCCGGGGACACUGCCCGACCGCCGCCAGGGUUGGGGCACGAGCUCUGCCAUCAGUUUCUAUCAUGUCAAACUCUCUCCUCUUUUGGGACUAGGAGCCCGCUUUUCUAACACUGCCCUGAGCCCAGGCCGUCUGUCCGGCCAGGUUUUGUACGGUACGUUGUUCUCGCUACGACAUAAAACUGACCAAGGUG